AUGUGUCGAGGGUUGAAGCCUCGCGGCCUAUGCUCCCCUUCACAAUUCAACAAUGACAAUCGUGUACGCCCCAACCAAAAGCAAAUGCCUUUAACGUCAUGCCGCUGCAUCCAAAAGGCAUGGCUAGCCUCUCGUGUCAUACCUCGCCGUAGAGGAUCAUACCUCAUGCCCGGCGCACAUCGCCCCAUCAACGAGGAAAACAUCCGAUUAGCCGUCACAAUCACUCGUGGUUGCGUGUUUGACUUGUUUAGAGUCCUUUGGAGUCUGCAUCCGGUUCGCACCACACUCAUGAUGAUCAUAAACGUGGUUCGGGGCAUGUUUCCUGCGUUCAGGGGCUAUUCACAAGCAAUGAUUGUUGAUGAGUUGCAAAAUCUGAUCUCGUCUGGUUGCUUCACUUGGUCACGCCUACUGAAGCUGCUGAUCGCUGAAAUAUGCCGAAGAGCGGUCGAAACUGCGGUCGACUCCUUUGCUUCUGCAAAUGAAACCGUAGUUCAUGAUUCGGUGCGCUUUUUCGUGGAAUAUCAGCAGAUUGCACAACGUCUGAGGCUCGACAUCCCGACACUCGCGGAUCCCGUCGUGAGGGACUGUCUGCAAGAGUCCGAUCUAUUCGUUAGGUCAUUUAACGGCAUGGGCGGGUUUGGGCUACUUUCGCCGUUCGACUUUGUUCAAAUUCUAGCGCAGAUAUCCGAGCUUGCAUCGUAUCUUUGGGUGUUGUUGACCUUAACGGGUGGCUCUACACACAUGGGUGCUUUAUUGCUAUCUAUUCUUUCCGCCCUAUUCCCCCUUUUCUUGGCCCGUUGUGGAAUCGCUUCUUCACAUCCCGACUCGACUUAUACAAGCAAGGAGGCUCGUACCGCGGAACGUCAGGAGAAGCUCCGAAAUUUGGCCUACAAUGACACUCAUCGACCGGAAGUCCUGCUCUUUGGGCUCGGACCAUGGAUACUGCAUUCCUGGGCAAAUGCUCGCAAGGCGAUGAUGUAUGACGAGCAUUUGUCACCACUUAAUCAACCUUCAUUGUCACAAAUACUACACCAGAUAAAUGUAUCCGAUCUGCUGUUCGCGCUUCAGAAUAUUCCAAUGUUCCUGAUGUUUCAGUCCUCAUCUGCGUCACUGGGAUCAUUGGCACUGUAUCGGAGCUCAAUCCAGUCGGUGGUUUAUACUGUUGGAAACCUGGUCAAUACAGUUCGCAUGGCAUUUCAAGGAAUAUUUUUCAUGGGUGCCUUUUGCGCCGCCAUGAACAUUGAACCUCGACUGACACCUCUGAGCGAAGACGCGGAAAUGUAUCCUAGUAUAACUAAUGGCAUGAAGAUUGAAGCGAGACAUCUAUCAUAUACAUAUCCAGGAAGCAAGGAGCCAUCACUGAAAGACGUUACGUUUAGUCUAGAAGCCGGUGAAAGUCUUGCAAUAGUCGGGUACAAUGGUUCAGGCAAAUGUCCAGGAAAGUCCACUCUUGCCAAAGUGCUGCUGCGAAUUAUAGAUUUCGACCAAGGUGAUCUCCUUGUCAACGGUGUGGACAUCCGUCGGUUAACUCCGAGCGAUUACCACCGUCAUGUCACCACCGUCUUCCAGGGGUUCUCUAAAUACAGCUCGACCGUCAGAGAAAACGUUGGAUUGGGCUAUGUUCAAAAUUUGCAGUCACCCACGGCCAUCGAGCACGCCAUGCGUCUCGGUGGUUCAGAUGGAUUUGUGGGUGCAUUACCAAACGGGAUGAAAACCAAGCUAGAUGCCUCGGGUUUUGAGUUCACGCCGUGGUCAUCAGCGUCAGGUUCAUGUCAUGGUAUGUCCGCACGGUUGCAGCAUGGUUUGUCUGGUGGUGAGUGGCAGAGAAUAGCCAUUUCUCGGGCAUUCAUGCGCGCAGAUCGGCCGGAAGUUGAUCUUUUACUGUUCGAUGAACCUACAUCAUCAUUGGACGGUUGUGCUCAGAACAAAAUUUUUGACACUAUCGACAAGGUUUCUCGCUCCCCCCAAGGCGAAAGAAUCAAAACAGUGAUAUUCAUCACUCAUCGUUUGUCAACUGCCCGUCGGGCGGAUAAAAUUGCAAUGAUGGAAAACGGGUCAAUAACUGAGUUCGGCAGUCAUAAUGAUCUAUUGAAAAAGGGUGGUUCAUACGCCACACUAUAUAAAGCAUCCGUUUAA